AUGAUAGGCCCAUGUAGAGGUAAUUUUUUUAUAAAUUUGUUAAAAAGUCCAUUUAAUGAUCAGAAAAAUUGUAAUAUGUUUAUCACAAAAAGCUAUGGAACGAUUUGGAAGAGACAAUAUGGUAUGGUAAAUAUUGAGAGAUUAAAUUGUAUAAAUGAAAAGAAAAGCAUGGACAGAAAAAUUUUUACUCAGUGCAGAAAUAUUACUAGUUCUAGUAGAGUACAAUUAAAUAAAAAUAAUGAAAGGGACUUUUUUGAAGGGGAACCAUUGAAUAGAACAUUAGGAGGAUAUGGGUACCCCAUGAUGUUUAUUGUUACAUAUGACAAACCAAGCUGGCAACCAUUUUGGGAAAAUGACUGUGAAGUUAUACCUAGAGAUGAAUUUGGAGUACCAGCUAGUAUACCUCCAGAGAUAUCAACACAGAUUAAACAUACAUAUUAUGUACCACCACAAUUUUAUACAUUUUUAAAAAAAUUAGGGGAUGAUACAGAGGAGUUGAGACCAUAUAUGAUAAAAUUAAUUAAAGGAGAAUUUACAUAUGAUGAUUAUCAAGAAAUGUUUUACAAAUUUGCAAAACCGUUAAAAAUAUUUAGAAAAAAAAUACCUGUCCCUUACAGGUCAGCUGAAGAAAUGGCAAAUGAAGAAGAAAUGAAAUGGCAAUCCGCUUGGUAUACCUACAGACAGAAAGUUUUAGCAGAGUAUAAUGUUACAAUGUGUUUAAGGGAAUUUAUUUUAUACAUGACCGUUGGAUUAUAUUUUGCUUAUUUGUGGUUAGACGCAUUAAGACAAUAUCGUCUGGACAUGAAACUCUUUUAUUUGGAAGCACCAGAACAUAAAAUUAAUUGGGUCAAACCAAGGGGUGAUUUGGUAUAG